AAAAGCAGUUCAUUUAGUCGGAUUGUAACGGUCUGAGUCUCCAGGGCAGGGCAGCACCUCCUCACACUCUCACAGUUUGUAACCUGGUCUUUUUCAAGAUGAACAGAGUCGUCCUCCCGCUUUUGGCAGUCGCAUUCUGCUUUGCAGUCGGUCAAGCUCUGCAGUGCUACAAAUGUGACAUUGGCCUCUGGAAGUUCUGCUUAACAACUAAAGUCACCUGUGAUGCCAAUGAGCUAUGCUACACUGGAAGUGGAAAAGCAGCUGGUUUUCUGCCUAUUGUAAGAAAGGGCUGUUUAGCAACAGACCAGUGCAACAAGACCGAAGAAGUGCACUUCCCCUCAAACUCCACCACAGUCUACACCAUGAACAAGAUGUGCUGCAGCGGUGACCUGUGCAACGCCGCUCCUGGUCUGGUGGGAAUCCCCGGGCUGAGCCUGGCCCUCGCCACCGUCACUGCUCUGUUUGUGGCCAACAUUCUGGUGUGAUAGAUGAUACAAUGGAUGACAGAUGACAAAGUGCAAACACACUAACAAGGAUUAAAUACUCUCCUCAGUCAUGAACUCUGUGGUUGUAUAAUGUCUAUCUUUUUUCCCACAGGUUUGCUCUUCUUGAAUUGUAUUGUACUUCUUCAUUUCACAUGAGUGUAGUUUUAUACUUAUCAGCCCUCAAACUAUUUGAUAUUAAAAUCUUCAUGAGUAUAAAAUUCUGGUACAAGGUUGUGGGUCUCAUGUUAGGUAUUUGACUAAAUGAAUAAGUUGUUUUUUGAAGGUCAAUUAGUGCCAUUAGUAAUAGUUAAACACUUUGGAAAAUGCUCUUUUUUGUUGAUGGUUAGGUUUGUUUGUUUGUUUGUUUUUGGCGAGAGUUGGAUCAGAAGAUUGAUGCCACUCAUAUCUGUCUGAUAAAUGCAAAGCUACAGCCGGGAGAAUGUUAGCUUAGCUUAGCUUAGCUCUGGACAAAGAAUAGAAACCAGGAUUACCUGUUAGCUUGGCUCUGUCUAAAGGUGAAAAUCUACCCACCGGAACUUCUAAAUCUUGGUAAUUAGCAUGCUAGGUCUUGUUAGUUUAACUCAUAAAAAAGUGGUGUUAAAAAAAAAGUUUUGUUUUUUUAAACAUAUUACCUUGCAAACUGUAAAGGAGAUAGGUGGAUUUGUUACCCGUAGUGAGAAUCUGGUUAGCGGUUUCCCCCAUUUGUUUUGCUAAGCUAGUUUAGUUUGCUAACCGUCUCCUGCCUGUAGCUUCAUGUUUAUCCUACACAGGUGGCACUGAUCAUCUCAUCUAACAAGAAGAGGCAAUAGUUUAAUUGUCAGUGUCAAACUACUUUUAAUUUCAAUUAUUAAUUUCAGAUUUGAAAGCUUCUUUAAAUAUUCCUCUUUUUAUCAUUUGUCAUUUGCUUAUUGCUCAUGUUAACAUUUAUCUAACAUAAGUUGUCCUUUGGCUCUUGUUAUAUGUGAAAUUAUUAUUAUUAUUAUUGGCAUAACUAUCAACUUUGUUUAUAUUUUUGAUAUUGGUUUUGGAUCCACACUGCACGUUACUCAUGAUCUGUUGGGUAAAAGCUAUUGUUCAUCUUGCUGUUUUUGAAAGGGAUAUGGAAGAAUAUGAUCAAAUCAAUCAUUCUUUGCAGAUAAUGAAAUGUAAUUGAGGUAACACCUACUUUAAAUUUUGUCAGGGCUGCUUCUUGUCUCUGAUAUUUGAUUUCAACACGAAUCAUUAAAGAUGAAUGACACUUUCUUGAAA